CUUAUUUCACUCAGCAUAAUGUCUUGAAGGUUUAUCCAUGUUGGGUGUGUCAGAAUUUCCUUCCUUCCUUAAGGCCGAAUGAUUUCCCAUCUUAUAGACCACAUUGUAUUUAUCCAUUCGUCUGUUAAUGGACACUUGAAUGGCUUACCUUUGGCUGUUCUGAAUAAUGCUGUAAUAAACAUAGGUGUACAAAUAUCUCUUUGAGUUCCCCCUUUCCAUUCUUUUGGAUAUAUGCCUAGAGGUGGAAUUGCUGGGUCAUAUGGUAAUUCAUGUAAUCUUUUGAGGAACUACUACACUGGCUCCAAAAUGGCGAAACCAUUUUGCAUUCCUACCAACAAUGUAGAAGGGUUCCGAUUUCUCCACAUCCUUGCUAACACUUCCUGAUUUAUGUUGUGGUCUUUUUGGGGGCUGGGGGGUUGAUAGUAGCCAUCUAAUGGGUGUGAAGCAGUAUUUUAUUGUAGUUUUGGUUUGCAUUUCCCUAAUGAUUAACGAUGUUGAGCAUUUUUUCAUGUGUUUAUUGGCCCUUUGUGUGUGUUCUUUGGUGAAAUGUCCAUUCAAGUCCUUUGCCCAUUUUUAAAUUGAAUUGUCUGUUUUAGUGUUGUUGUUUUGGCUGCUUUUUAAGAACUUGAAAACCAUGACCUAGUGUGGGAGAUCAAGCGCUGAGGACCUGUUGUGUACCAGGAACUAAAUACUAAGGAUUUGGCAAAGAAUAAAACAGGCCACAACCUUGCCCACAGGGAGCUUACAUUCAUGCAGGGGUGGAGGGAAUUAGAAUGUAUAUUGUGCCAGAUGAUAAACACUGGGGAGAAAAAACAAAGUGGGGAAGCUGGAAUAUAGGAGGUGCGAGGUGCCAGGUGGUUAGAAAAGGCAUCGCUGAGAUGACCCUUGGGCAAGGACAGCUAUUUGGAGGAAGAGCAUUUUAACAUUCUGGGCAAUUGCCAAAGCCCUGAGGUGGCCCCUGUCUCAAGAAUUAGUGAGGAGGCCCUUGUGGUUGGAGCAGUAAUGUAGUAAAGCCUGGAUUGUGGAAAAUGUUACCCAAAAAAUGGUGAGAGUGGGGUGAGGCAGUCUGGCAGGACCUUGAAGACUGUUUUCAGGACUUUGGUUUCUACUUGGAAUGAAUAAUGUAUUAGCAGAGGACACUGGGCAGCUGGUUAAAAGAGGCCAAUGAUUUUUCCCACCUAGAAGGUAUCACCUUAACAGUAAAACUCAAACAUAUUAGCACUUAGGAAAGGGUAGUGGGAGUACAGGGCCUAGGGCAAGAAAACAUCUGCGGAGGCAAGUGGGGUGGACUCUACCCCUUUCCUCGUGAAUCGGCUCCUUCACCGGCCAAACAUAUAUGGAGCCCUGAGUCUGGGGGUAAGAAGAUGAACGUGGUGGAGUCCCAGCACCAGAGCUGAACGGAGGAGGCAGGGUCAUUAGCUCUGGCACUGCAACACAGUGAGGUUUCGGAAACAGACACAAAUCCCAGGUUGUGUGGGAGCCAAACUUAGAGGGGCCACUGUGGUUUGGGGAACAACCGAGGAGGGAGACAGGUGAAGUCAGGAAAGGUUUCCUGGAGAAAGUAACAUUCAAGCUGGGGUCUUGAAAAUUUGAAUAGGAGUGAUCCAAGCAAAUAAGAGAAAAGGGAGUUUCUGAUAGAAGGAGCACACGUAGACAGAGACAGGUUGGCAUGAGAGCCGAGGAGGCCUGACUUCUGGCGUUUGGGAGCACAUGUGGUCACUUAGAGGGUGGUAAGAUAGGAACAGCAAGCGGGCAUCACACACAAAGGUCAUCAAAUGCCAUAAUAAGCUGGGAUUUUAACCAAAUGAUUUUAGAAAAGGGCAUGAUGACUCAAGACAGUGACAGCAGCAGGGAGGCUGACUUGGGAAGGCUGAGACUCCAGUUAGGAAGCCCACACAGAAAUCUGGGGGAGAAAUGAUGAGGGCUUAAAAUAAGGUGCCGAUUAGCACAAGGGACAGGCUCAAAAGAGAUGGUGUGAGUGAUGCAAUUGAGAUGACCAGAUGACAGACCGCUUGGGGCUGGGAGCAGUAGAGGUUGCCGGGCUUCAGCCACCAGGUGCUGGUCAGGGGAAAGUGGACCAUUGGAAGGAAAACGAGGGCGUCUCCUGCCACUACUGGUCGCUGUUCGACGGUCACGCGGGGUCCGGGGCCGCCGUGGUGGCGUCGCGCCUGCUGCAGCAGCACGUCACGGAGCAGCUGCAGGACAUCGUGGAGAUCCUGAAGAACUCGGCCGUGCUGCCGCCCACCUGCCUGGGGGAGGAGCCCGAGCACGCGCCCGCCAACAGCCGCACCCUGACGCGGGCCGCGUCGCUGCGCGGGGGCGUGGGCGCCCCCGGCUCCCCCAGCACCCCGCCCACGCGCUUCUUCACCGAGAAGAAGAUUCCGCACGAGUGCCUCGUCGUCGGCGCUCUUGAAAGCGCGUUCAAGGAAAUGGACCUACAAAUAGAACGAGAGAGGAGUUCAUACAAUAUAUCUGGCGGCUGCACAGCCCUCAUUGUGGUUUGCCUUUUGGGGAAGCUAUAUGUCGCAAAUGCUGGGGACAGCAGGGCCAUAAUCAUCAGAAAUGGAGAAAUCAUCCCCAUGUCUUCGGAAUUCACCCCCGAGACAGAGCGCCAGCGACUUCAGUACCUGGCAUUCAUGCAGCCUCACUUGCUGGGAAAUGAGUUCACACAUUUGGAGUUUCCAAGGAGAGUACAGAGAAAGGAACUUGGAAAGAAGAUGCUCUACAGGGACUUUAAUAUGACAGGCUGGGCGUACAAAACCAUUGAGGAUGAGGACUUGAAGUUCCCCCUUAUAUAUGGAGAAGGCAAGAAGGCCCGGGUAAUGGCAACUAUUGGAGUGACCAGGGGACUUGGGGACCAUGACCUGAAGGUGCAUGACUCCAACAUCUACAUAAAACCAUUCCUGUCUUCAGCUCCAGAGGUAAGAGUCUAUGAUCUCUCCAAAUAUGAGCAUGGAGCAGAUGAUGUGCUGAUCUUGGCCACUGAUGGGCUCUGGGAUGUCUUAUCAAAUGAAGAAGUAGCUGAAGCAGUCACUCAGUUUCUUCCCAAUUGCGACCCAGAUGAUCCUCACAGGUACACACUGGCAGCUCAGGACCUGGUGAUGCGUGCCCGGGGUGUCCUGAAGGACAGAGGAUGGCGGAUAUCUAAUGACCGACUUGGCUCAGGAGACGACAUUUCUGUUUAUGUCAUUCCCUUAAUACACGGAAACAAACUGUCAUGAAAAUGGCCCAGGGCAUUGGGAGGACAGAGGGGAAGGAAAUCUGGGAUGCCUCUCGGCAAGGUGGAACUGGGACGUGCCCCGGCUGAGUUCCAAGGGAUGCAGACUCUUCCCAGCCCAGGUGGGGAGUUUGCUGCCAAAAGGCCUCUGGCUGUGCUUCAAGAUGA